AGUUCCUUCACGUUGCGACAGAAAACAUGGCUGCGCUCUUGAGAUCAGCCCGGUUACUUAAGUUUUCUCCUUCAGGUUUGCUCCAGAUCCCCAGGAGCAGGAGGAGCGGGGCGCCGCUCAGUCGCUUGUACAGCGGGGUUCCAGUCGGCAGAAGUACCGGCGUCUGCUCCAGACAGCUCAGUCGUGUUUCUGACAGCGUGAGCAGGUGUGUGUGGCCUUACACAGCCGGUUGUGUGCGCAGCUAUGCCGUGGCAACAGAGCAGAAGGACGAGGCCGGGCUGGUGGUGCGGACCAAGCAAGCACAGCAGUUCGAUUGGGCGCUGACCAAAUUGGACAGCUCAGUGAGGAGGACGGGACGCAUCACCAAGACCUUGCUGAUGCGCAUCUUCCAUGACAUCUGCAGGGCAGGCUAUCCCAGUGGUAAUCACGCCUUGCUGCUGCUGCGCAGCUGCGGCUCCUUGCUGCCUGAGGUGCCGAUGGAGGAGCGAAACGAGUUGGCCCACCGAGUGUGGAAUAAGCUGCAGGAGCUGGGUGCACAGUAUGACGUUAGUCACUACAACGCCUUGCUGAAGGUUUAUCUGCAAAAUGAAUUCAAGUUCUCCCCCACUGACUUCCUGGCUAAAAUGGAGGCAGUGAAAGUCCAGCCGAACAGAGUGACCUACCAGAGACUGAUAGCAGCUUACUGCCAGAAUGGCGACAUCGAGGGAGCCAGCACCAUCUUGGGUUUCAUGAAGAGCAAAGAUUUGCCCAUCACAGAAGCCGUUUUCAGCUCUCUGAUAACAGGACAUUCUCGCGCAGGCGAUAUCGAGAGCGCCACCAACAUCUUGUCUGUGAUGCGGGGAGCCGGAGUUGAGCCGAGUCCUGACACAUAUGUGACGCUGCUGAAAGCGUAUAGUGAAAAGGGAGAUCUGGAGAAUAUGAAGAAGACUCUGGAGGCAGCAGAGAGCUCCGACUGCAGCCUGAUGGAUCGAGACAUCAUGCAGGUCAUUUUAACUCUGGCCAAAGCUGGACAACAGCAACACAUACCAGAAAUGAUCGAGCGUCUAAGACACGAGAGGGGCUACAUACCAGAUGCCAUGAACUUGUGUCUGAGCCUCAUCACUCAGGGACAUGAAGAUGCAGCGUUUGGCCUCCUGAAGACAUUCCCUUCUCUCCAGUCAGAAACCGAUGACUCGCCCAACCUCGGAUACUUCUUCCUCAGACACUGCGUGAACAUGGGCACGGCGCUGGAGAAGAUUGUCCACUACUGCAAGGAGCUGCAGGAGUCGAACAUUCACACCUCGUCGUUCACCUUCACUCUCUCGUGCGCCCUGGAAGCCAAAAAACUUGGGAUGUCUUUGGAGCUGAUGAAGACACUGAAGGAGGAGAACUUGCCUGUUAGGCCUCAUUACUUCUGGCCUCUUCUUACUCAGCCUUUGAAGGAGAACAACGUCGAUGGUGUGGUGGAGGUGGUGAAAGGCAUGGUCAGACUCGGUGUCGCCCCCGAUCUGGAGACAUUAGCCACCUACAUCCUCCCCGUGUUCCCCAGCUUGGAGGCCGCACUUCAAACCCUCAAGGAUUUGGGCGCCUCUGUGGACUCCGAGGUCUUCGUGUGCGCAGAGAUUCGGAUUCUGGCUACUAGCGACCUGGCUAAAACUUACACCUUAAUGUCGAAUCCCUCUUUCCCACCUCUGGACCUCAGUUUAUUCCGCAGUAGCCUCAUCUCCGGCUUCAAAAAGUCCUCUGAUGUGGACUCCAUGGUCAAGAUUAUUGAGCUGCUGCACAAAGAUGAGCGCUUCUCCGCUGGAAACUCCAACCCGUCUGAGGCCACGUCAUACUUCCUCUACAAUCUGAUAGACGGCAUGUCAGAGGGGCAAGUUCAUGCGCAGGAAGACAAACUGAGGAGUUUCUUCAAUCAGCUGCAUGCUCAGGGUGUUGCAAUUUCUCCCAGCAUCUAUCGAGGGAUCAGAAACCUCCUGGAUUCUUACCUCUGCCCAGAGCUAAUUAAGGAUGUGCAUGCUUUGGUUUAUUCAAAGGAAAGAGACUCUGGGUCAGCCUCUUUGGCCACCGGAGAUGAGAACAGAGUUUUGGCUCUUGAACGCAAACUGGCUGAACUCAAAGCGGAGAACAAGCCGCUGAACUCCGUUCUUAAACAGACCAUCCAUGCUCUGAGUGUUGAAGAGAACCUGCAGCGCGCCCUUGAGCUGAAGCAGCAGUAUGAAGACGACAUGUCCGUCGGGGCAUACGCCAUCCUCAUCAGCCUGUGCUGCCGUCAUAACAACGCGGAGGAGGCGCUCAACCUGAAGAGGGAGUUAAGUCGAAAGGACUCUUUAGUCACAUUGGAUCCCAUUAAGUACAUCGCACUGAUAAAGACGCUCUCUUUGAAUGACAAAGUUGAGGAGGCAGUGGACAUCCUGAAGGAGAUGAAGGAAAAGGACGUGAUCCUGAACGACAUCCACAUCACCUACAUCUUCCACAUGCUGAACGCCGUGGCGGCCAAGGGCGGCAUACCCACGGUCCGCCGGCUGCAGGACACCAUCUUCUCCCUGGGACUGGCCAAGCCCACCGCCAACCUCUGCUCGCCCGUGGUCACGUCUUACUUGCAGAGCAAUGACCCGUCCGGAGCUCUCGAUGCGGCGCUGGAGUAUCACAAACUCUACAACCAGCUGCCGCGCAUCCAUGACAUCACCGUUGCUCUGGUGAAGAAAGGAGAUACAGAUUUAUUGCAAAAAGUGAUGGACUUUGUCAGCCAGGAACGAGGAGAGAUGAUGAUGCUUUAUGAUCUGUUCUUCGCCUUCCUUCAGACUGGCCGCUACCGGGAAGCCCGUAAGAUCAUUGAGACCCCUGGUUUGAGGGCGAAGCCUGGACGCCUGCAGUGGUACGCAGAGAAAUGCAUCGCUUCUAAUCAGAUGGAGGCCUUGGAGCAGAUGGUGGAAAUGACAUCCAAGCUGUUUGAGUGCGACAGAGACGAGAUGUACAGUUACAUCCUGAGGCUCUGCAAGGAAACCAAUGACUGGCAGAAGGCAGAAGCCACAUGGACCAAGAUGCAGGAAGAGAACGUGAUUCCCAGGGAGAGGACCCUGCGCUUACUAGCAGACAUCCUGAAGAGUAACCACCAGGAGGUGCCCUUCGAGGUGCCUGAGACUUGGUACGAACAAGCCGCCUCCCCCACGCAGCAGGUCGAGUCACAGCCGCCCCUUCUGGAAGCCGAUGGUUACCAGAGCCGCCUGCUGACGCUCUGUAAGAAGGGCAAAGUCAAAGAAGCAUUGGAUGUUGUGAAGGAGGUGGAUGAAAGGGGCGUGGCCCUCGGCAGUCUUUCAUACGACCACGUGAUCCGAGCUCUGCUGGCUCAGGGACACAUUGAGGACGCCAUGGUGGUCAAGCAGCUGGCUCAGUCUCAUCUGCCGGGCUUCAAGCUGAGUGAGAUCGCCAACAACUUGCUCAUCAUCUCAUACAGCAAAAGAGGCCAGACCAGAGAGGCUCUGGAGAAGCUGAAGUACUUGCUUCAGCUGAAUCAAGUGCCCUCACACCUGGCCAUCACCAGACUGGUUCAGGCCCUCGGUAACCAAGGCAACGUAGCAGGAAUUCAGGAAGUGGAAUCUGUGGUCAAGACCCUCGGCACCAACCUCAACCUGUCCAGAAUGGUGUUCGCCAACAACACAGCUCUGGCGCACAUCGCUAAAGGCGAUGUGGAGUCGGCCGUCGAGUUGCUCGAAGGAAUCUACACGAGUCCAGACAGCUCCAAACCCAGCAUGUCCUUCGUCUUCAGGAAGGUGAUGGAGUCUGGGAACGACCAAGCUCUGGACAGACUGAGCGCGAUGGCAGAGCGGCUGGCCAACCACUUCGCCUGCUACAGACCAGUUUCGGAUCUCUUCCUGCAGCUGCUGGAUAUGGACAGAGUGGAAGAUGCCAAAUUCCUUCUGGCUCGCUUCAACAUUCUGGCCGAACAGAAAGAGAUGUUGCUGUCCUACGUGGCCCAGAGUCCAGGACAGGCCAGUAAGAUCAAGAACCUGCUGAGCCUGGUUCCGGACUUUGCAGAAAAGAAGUUUGUGUACUCGUACCUGAUGAAGUGUCACGCUCUGGAUAAAGACCUGCGGUCGGCCAAGGCUCUGUACGAACAGAUGCAGAGUGAGGGCGUCGUCCCCGACGAUCUGUUCCUCAAACGGCUAGCUGUGCUCUACCGCGGGGGUGGAGAGACCGCGCCCUUCCCCGAGCCCCCCGAGACCUUUAAGUUUUACGCAGAGAAGUUGAGAAAGGAAGCCACCCCCAAGGAAUAGAGUCACCGCCGUACCGCCGAACCAAUCCCACCAUUUAGUUGUCUUUUUUUUCUUCUUGUUUGUCUUUUUUAUAAGUUGUUGGAAAAAAACUGUGGAAAAAUGUGUUGCAACUGUUUUAGCCUCUGUCCGCUGUAAUGACUUUAAGGUUAAUUAAAAUGUUGAAUGUACAGAAGUAUUUAUGCUAAUAAACGAUGAGGGGUGAAUUGAG